CCAGGGAGGGGACGGCGGGACAGGCGGGACCGGUGGGACCAGCGGGAGGGCGGACAGGGCGGGGACAUGGCCGCGGCGCCGGGAGGGUCAGCGCAGCCCGCUGGCCCCGGCCCGCGCCUGGGUUUCAGCACCGCGGACAGCGGCGUCGGCAUGAGCGGGCUACAUCCCGGCCCCGCCGUGCCCAUGAAGGACCACGACGCCAUCAAGCUCUUCGUGGGGCAGAUCCCGCGGGGCUUGGACGAGCAGGACCUCAAGCCGCUGUUCGAGGAGUUCGGCCGCAUCUACGAGCUGACGGUGCUGAAGGACCGGCUCACCGGCCUCCACAAAGGCUGUGCCUUCCUCACCUACUGCGCCCGGGACUCUGCUCUCAAGGCCCAGAGUGCACUGCACGAGCAGAAGACCCUGCCAGGGAUGAAUCGUCCGAUCCAAGUGAAGCCAGCUGCCAGUGAGGGCCGAGGAGAGGACCGAAAGCUGUUUGUGGGGAUGCUGGGCAAGCAGCAGGGUGAGGAGGACGUCAGACGCCUGUUCCAGCCCUUUGGCCACAUCGAGGAGUGCACGGUCCUGAGGAGUCCUGACGGCACCAGUAAAGGCUGUGCCUUUGUGAAGUUUGGGAGUCAAGGGGAAGCUCAGGCGGCCAUCCAGGGUCUGCACGGCAGCCGGACCAUGGCGGGCGCCUCGUCCAGCCUUGUGGUCAAGCUGGCGGACACUGACCGGGAGCGCGCGCUGCGGCGGAUGCAGCAGAUGGCCGGCAUGGGCGCCUUCCACCCCGCGCCACUGCCGCUAGGGGCUGGCGCCUACACCACGGCGAUCCUGCAGCACCAGGCGGCCCUGCUGGCCGCGGCACAGGGCCCAGGCCUAGGCCCGGUGGCGGCAGUGGCGGCCCAGAUGCAGCACGUGGCGGCCUUUAGCCUGGUGGCUGCUCCUCUGUUGCCCGCGGCAGCAGCCAACUCCCCGCCCGGCAGCGGCCCUGGCACUCUCCCAGGUCUUCCGGCGCCCAUCGGGGUCAAUGGAUUCGGCCCUCUGACCCCCCAGACCAACGGCCAGCCGGGCUCCGAUACGCUCUACAAUAACGGGCUCUCCCCUUACCCAGCCCAGAGCCCCGGCGUGGCUGACCCCCUGCAGCAGGCCUACGCUGGGAUGCACCACUACGCAGCAGCCUAUCCGUCGGCCUAUGCCCCAGUGAGCACAGCUUUUCCCCAGCAGCCUUCAGCCCUGCCCCAGCAGCAGAGAGAAGGCCCGGAAGGCUGUAACCUCUUCAUCUAUCACCUGCCUCAGGAGUUUGGUGAUGCGGAACUCAUACAGACAUUCCUGCCCUUUGGAGCCGUUGUCUCUGCUAAAGUCUUUGUGGAUCGAGCCACCAACCAGAGCAAGUGUUUUGGGUUUGUUAGUUUUGACAAUCCAACUAGUGCCCAGACUGCUAUUCAGGCAAUGAAUGGCUUUCAAAUUGGCAUGAAGAGGCUCAAGGUCCAGCUAAAGCGGCCCAAGGAUGCCAACCGGCCUUACUGACCUGCUCUCACCGACCAGCCACAGAAAGAAACGGAAGAGUGAGAAGAAAGGAGAGGAAAAGCACAGAAACGCUUGAGCAGCCCUUCCCAAAGGAGCAGCUGCGGACAGACGGAGGUGGAUCCGACCCAAGGCUGGUGCCUGGGGCUAAGGCCACUCUAAGGAUUGUUUUUAUCAAGUGCGUUGUUCUGUGCCUGCAGCAUAGAGCGCAGGCUGGCAGAGCAACUAGGGCUGGUGAAGAGUGACUGUCCAGGGGAACCAGCAGAGGGCGUUGGGGGUGCCAAGGGCUUCUCCGCAAGGGAAGCCCGGAUUCACUUCUUUCAAAAUCAUAUCAUUCCUUAGAGUUUAGGGACCAAAGGACUAUUGCUUUUUUAAGAAUAUAUAUAUCUAUAUAAAUUAAAACAAAGAAACAA